AUGGUGAAAAGUAGCGGAAGAGCAAGGAGAAUUAGGGUGACAAGGACGGAGAGCGAGUUCGGAGCAGCAUGGCAGGCAAGAAGAUGUGUCCCAUCAGAAAUGGAAGCGUCUGAAAGGGACAAAUCGCGCGAUGCGAACGCGCGAGCAGCAGCCGGUGCGUUCUUGGCCGGUUUGAAGACGAAGAACGAUGAGAAGCGAGUGAAAACCGCUAAAGACUUGUUCAAGUUUGUGGCUGGUGAGCUGAAGGAUGAAGCUCCUGAAUAUAUGCAGGAGUUUAUAUCGUUUCUCGACACGAAGAGUGAUCAGAGUGCGGUGCAUGAAUGUAUUUAUAGUCCCGAUUUGGACGAGAAGAAAGCUGGCAUUUUCUUGAUAGUAUGCCUAGCUGAGACAUCAAUCGAUGGCGAGUCGAAUAGGGUGGUCCGGUUCGCUAACUUCCUGUUGAAGGUACUCACAAUGCCAAAUAUGGAUGAAGCAGGAAUGGAACUAGCUGCAAGAGCUCUCGCUUUUUUGAUUCAGUUAUAUACAAAAUGUGACGUUUCUUGUCCAAGUACUUCCAAAUCAUAUGCUGCAGAGUUGGUUGAGAAGUGCCUCGAUCAGUGCCUGGAAUGGUUAGAGGAACCAGUCCGGAAUGAGCAGCGACGUCUAGCAUCAGUAUUGCUCGCCAGAGAGCUUGCUAUGUUUACGUCAACGUCGUUUUUUCUUCGUGCCAAUGUGUUCUUCAAAAGUAUCUUUACAGUACUCAGGGAUCCAAAGCCACAAAUCCGAAUCGCAUCUAUCAACGCUCUUCAUGCAGCCCUGACCAUAACUUCAGCACGGGAGGCCAAGCUCAAGACAGAAUGGUACACGAAAUGCUACAAUGAAGCACUAAACACUAUGAGAGUCACCGAACUAUCCAAGGACGACCGUACCCAUUCCAUGCUGCUGGUCAGUUUCAAGGCUGAAGGCGAUUUUUUCCUUAGAGUUUGGAUAUUUUUGUGGAAGUACAUGUUUUUGUUAAAGGUUAUAAAUGAGCUGGUUCGCAUCGCCGACGCAACAUUUGAACGGACGCGUUUGGAAGCACUCGAUAUUCAUCAAACUGAGACAUCGAUAGCGGCUCCCAUUGACUGGUUAACGCAACCAAGGGUAGCCAGCACCGUUGAAAGCAGUACAGCUCGUGCCCUUGUAAUAGCUAACUUUGCCGAGAUUUGUGGACAUGCUAAAGCAGCGGCGUUCAGUUGCAAUCGAUCCGUCCCGGUACAUCAAACUUUGCUGGAACUUUUUCCUCGUCUAUCCGCAUGGGAUCAGUGUGACCCAGCGCUGUGCAAGGUCAUGUUCGAACAUGCGAAGAAUAUAGUGCAGAAGAAUGGAAACGCACUGGUAGCUCUAGGUUUGUUGAUGCUGCAGAAUCCGGAACGAUUCCGCGGUAAUAUCGGGCAAAUGAUGAUGGUCGUGACUGACAUGCUGAACACUGCCGUUUCCAAGAAACGUGCUCCGGAGCCAUCUGUGUUCAUCUUCCUGACCCUAUUUGUCAAGGCAUACAAACAGUCAGUGAUGAAUGAAAUAAAGCAGCUAUUCGGUCUACUAUUCAAAACGGGUCUCUCUAAAGGUCUCACCAGUGUUAUGCAUGAGAUUGUACGCCAUAUCAGCCAAUUGCAAAUGGAUGUACAGGAUGGAUUAAUGAAGGAGUUGUACAUGAUUUUAACGGGUUGUGUUCUACCGAGUAAGCUCGAUCCACCGAAAAAGCCUGCCCUCCCUUCGCAAACGUUGCAGGUGUCAAAUGUUCCCCUCACGAUACUAGCAUUGGAUACGCUUGGCGAAUUUGAUUUUCAAAGACAUUACUUGGAGAUGUUUAUGCAGUUCAUUUCCGACGGAUAUCUUUUAUGUGAUUCUGUAGCGGUGCGAUUAGCUGCCGUUAGGUGCUGUGCGGCGAUAUCGAAGCCGUUUGUGAAGGUAUAUGAAAAAGUGCAUCGCGAACAUCGCCAAUGGGUGUUAGCUCUUAUUCAUGGAGUUCUCAGGAGUUUAGUUAGCGCUGGAGUUGUUGAUCCUCAAUUGGAGGUGCGCUUGUGUGUAAUGCAGUGUUUCUGCGAAGCAGACCGUGCUUUCCUGUCCCAUCUAGCACAGCCAGAGAUGCUUCAGCUCCAGUUCAUGAGUUUGCAUGACGAGAAACUAGAGAUGCAAGAGGCUGCUGUCUGCCUUCUUGGUCGUUUAUCUGAGCUCAAUCCCGCUCUGGUGUUGCCUAGAAUGAGACGAGUACUGCUUGAGACCUUGAGUCAACUGACAAAUAGCGGUCAAGCCAAGCUUGAACAGCAUAGUGCCCGUCUUCUUACUCAGCUCACUCGUCAAGAGCCCGAAAUUUAUGAGACCUUACCUAGGCAAGUGCUUGUUGAGGUUCCUAAGCUGUUUCUCCAUGAAGAAUGCCAACUUCAGCACGUGGACGUCACCGUUCAUGUACUUCAUGCCAUUUCCGAGCUGUGUGUAGUUGGUGGAGCCGAGAUUGUACGAAACAUCGAUCCAAUGUUUCAAAAGCUCACUCAGCUUAUCAAUGAUUCAAGUAGUUUACAGCGAAGAGAGGCUGCUUUGCGUACGAUUGGCAGGAUUGCUCGCUCCACGGCUUACGUUGUCGAUCCAUACAAGGACUACCCGAAUCUUCUUGAUGACCUUCUCAGGCUUCUGAAGACCGAAAUGUCAUCGAGGAUGCGUCGUCAGGCCAUCAAAACACUAGGGAUUCUUGGAGCGCUGGAUCCGUACACGCAUAAGGUUUUCACGGGUGCAGUCCAAUCGGCUACAUCAAUCAGUACUGCGUUGUCGCUUCCAAUGGCAAGAGACGCUGCUGAUCCUAGACAAGAUAUUAUUCAGUGGUAUAACUAUGAAAAGUGCACAUUGGAGGAGUUCUAUCCAGCAAUAACAAUCGCAAAUCUUAUGGUUAUGGUUCAAGACGAGGCAUUCACGCAGUACUACAAAGGAGAUAGCACAGGCUCUGCUUCACACCAUUUUCCGAAGCCUCGGCGAUUCAUUCCCGCAAUAUGUUCAGCAGGUGUGUUACUACUCUUGGCUUCCAUUGAUGUUUUCGGACGUUAUAUCGGUAAACCUUCGAAAACGGUUGUACCACGCCUGAUUGAAGUGACUCGUGCUUGUCGUGGCCGACCAUCGCAUCGAGAGUUCUUCUUGCGACAACUUGCUAGUCUUGUUGCUAUCAUCAAAGUUCAUGCAAAACCCUAUAUGAAGCAGAUCUUCAGUUUAAUUGCUGACGCAUGGAGUGAAGAUCAUAGUGUCAAGGUGACAGUAGUGAGCGUACUUGAACAAAUUGGAACCGCAAUGGGUCAGGAAUUCGCGCCUCACAUUGCUGAACUCAUUCCUUAUUUGCUACGGGUGGUACAGACCGAUAAGAGUGAGGAUCGUAAACUUACAGCUCAGGUACUGUCGUGUGUUCGUUCGUUGUCUGGCUGCUUGACACCGCACCUCCAUUUGGUCUUGCCACCAGUACUCAUGAUACUGGAUGACUCAGCGGUGCCGACAGCUGUACGACAGUCAGCUUUAGGUACGAUAUAUGCAUCACAUUACCGGUUCUACACCUGCACUCGAUGUGACGAUCUUUCCGACUACGCACCGCGGCUCAUGCAAACCUGGCAAAGAGGUAUAUCUGUAGUCGCACUUCAACCGCAACUACUUGAGCUGUUGGUGGAAAUAGUGAACCAGGUUUGUCUUACGGAUUUUUCCUCAAUUUAUCCAUUUCUGCACCAAACCUGGGAAAAUUACCAUGUUCAGAAACUGCCCAGCAGGCGAUGCUGCACCCGGCUGAAAGACCAGGGAAACGUCGUGGCACAGGGAGCUGUUCCACCGGAGAAGAUCAAUGUCCCGCAUACUAUCACACCGUCUGCAGCGAAGAACAUGGAUCAGAUUCUCAGUUGGACGGUUAACAAGCAGAGACUCAACAUUGAUGCGGUGGUACGAGCAUGGGCUGUCGAUUCGCUGGUAUCAAAGGAGGAAUGGGCACAAUGGUUGGUGAAGCUCCGUGUAGCUUUUAUCAAGUCAGGAAGUUCUGCAGCGAUACGUGCGGCUGCAUCGCUGAGUGAUCAGCACCAGCACCUGGCCAAGGAUCUCUUCAAUGCUGCCUUCAUGUCUGUAUGGACAGAACUGACCGAAGAGCUACAAGAUAGGCUUACAGGAUCCUUACUAACUGCUCUGGAGACGAGUAAUCAUCCAGAUGUCAUUCAGACGAUCCUAAACCUAGCUGAGUUCAUGGACCACUCUGAAAGGUCCGAUCCGGAACCGUCGUCCGACGAGAUGAUCGGGCACCAAAUGCGAUGCCUGGAGGCGUUAGGACGUUGGAGUGAACUGAACGAACGUGCACGAACCGUACAACGAAAGGAUCAGAAGGUUGCUGUGAUGGCUGCACGCGGAGCAUGGGCAGUCGGUGAAUGGCAAGCGAUGGAGGAUUACGUCUCUCAGAUCAAUGACAAUACGCAAGAUGGCGCUAUGCUGAGAGCAGUUCUAGCCGUAAAACAAGAACAUUACGAUGUGGCAGUCAGUUAUAUAGACAAGGUAUGUUCUUGUCAGUUUUUUUUAUUUUUGUCCCUGCAGAGACGAGCCUUUUCAACUUAG